GACGCUGCUGCUGAUGAUGGUGAGGGAGCGCAAGGAGGCGGUGGUGCAGAUGCUGCUCUCAUACGGCGCUGACGCCAAUGCCGCGGACUCGCACGGACAGACCUCCCUGUACCACGCGGCUUGCUCUGGCCAGCUGGACAUCGUGCGCCUGCUACUGGAGGCCGGGGCAGAUUCAAACGUUGCCGAUACGGAGAGUGGAGAGACGCCGCUGAUGAUGGCGGUGAGAGAGGCCGAUGAGGCGGUGGUGCGGAUGCUGCUCUCACACGGCGCCGACCCCAACACCGCGGACUCGUACGGACACACCUCCCUGCACAUGGCGGCUCUUUCUCUCCAGUUUUGCAAGCCCGCCUUCAUCGCGCGCCUGCUAAUGAAGUACGAAGCGUCGCUAUAUAUAUCCGACAACGUCGCCGAGACGGAAGAA